ACCUUAUCCUCAAUCUGUGUCUGUGUGCGUUAAACUUAACACGCUGUACAUGUGGCGUGAUGGGUAGACCGAGAGACCACAUGUAUGAUCCAGAGAACAUACACACACACACACACACACACAGAUGGGAGGAGAGGAGAGAGAAGAAAGGAGGAGGAGGAGGGAGUAGUGAACAUACUAACUCUCUAAUCUGCCUGUCUGAGAGAAAAAGGGAGAGAAAAUCAAGUCUGCUGUGUUGUAGAGUGCCAGAGGAGGGGGAGUUUAUAAUUACAUAGGGAGAGAGGAGGGGAGGGAGGGAGAAAAAAGAGAGAUAUCAGGGAGUUACAAACAGUGCAAGAGACAGAGGCGCACAGAGAAAAGGAGGACAUAACGAGAGACAAGAAGAAAAGAAAAGAAAAGAAAGGAGGAGUAACAACAGAGAGGACAGUAAGAACCUGAAAAGUCAUUCCUUGAUUUUUGUGCCACUGGGUCUCCUGGUUUACUGAGAUUUCCUUUUUCACCCUCUGCAGGACUCUGCAUGGGCAAGAAGCGUUGUGUGCAUCCUUUCAUAGCUGGAGACUUAGCACUUAGCCUAUAUGCCUGUUUGCAUGUGUGUAGUAUUUCGUAGCUGCAGUUAACAGGACUGGUUUGUACAUUUAUGCAAUACACACUUAGAGGAUGGGAGCCCUUCGCCUCUCUCUUGCUCUCUUCCUCCUCCUCACCUCUCCUGUACAAGCCCAGUGGUGGAGUUUCAUCUGGGCGAGCCCUAAAACUGGCACCAGGUCUUCUCCUCCCUCCAUUCCUUCCUCCAUCACCUCUCCAUCCAUCACCUUCCUGGGCCCUUCUGACACCCCAGGGACAACAGAAUGGGAAGUAAAGGAGGACAGGGUGACAGAGAAAGCUCUGGAGCAUAGCACUCAGACAGAUGGGUCAGUGCUAGCCCCUCCACCCAGCCCAGGAGUGUCAAUCUUUGGCCACAGCACUGUAGAACCUGGGACCUUACCUCCAGAGGAGAAUGCAGGUGAAGGCAGCAAAGCCAUUUCCCAAUACAAACCACUGAAACACUGGAAGAGUGAGCGAGGCUCAGGAGGUCAUCUGGACCUGACAGAGUUAAUUGGCGUCCCCCUCCCUCCCUCUGUCUCCUUCACUCCUGGAUAUGAGGGCUUUCCAGCCUACAACUUUGGGCCUGAAGCAAACAUCGGCCGGCUCACCAAAACCUUCGUGCCUGGGUCAUUCUACAGGGACUUUGCCAUCAUCGUCACGGUGCGUCCAGCCACUCAGAGAGGAGGUGUGCUCUUUGCCAUCACAGAUGCCCGUCAGAAGGUGGUGGAGCUGGGUUUGGCCCUCACUCCAGUGCGUGGGGGCCUCCAGAGCAUCUUACUGUACUAUACUGACAGAGAGCAAGCUUCCCACAGCCACAAAGCUGCUGCCUUCAGUGUCCCAGAUAUGACCGCCCAGUGGACACGAUUCACGGUGGUGGUGGAGCAUGAAGAGGUGCGCCUCUACAUGGACUGUGGAGAGGCAGAGAGGGCUACUUUCCAUCGGAAGCCAGAAAGACUCACUUUCUCACACGAUUCAGGCAUUUUCGUAUCUAAUGCAGGAAGCACGGGGCUUGAUAAGUUUGUGGGAUCUAUUCAGCAGCUCGUGAUAAAAGAUGAUCCCAGAGCAGCUGAGGAGCAGUGUGAAGACGACGAUCCUUAUGCCUCGGGAUACACCAGUGGAGAUAAUGCUCUGGAUGACAGAGAGACAGACGUGGAAAUGAUGAAGAACACAAAGGAGAGAAAACAUGGCACCGCACAGGAGGACAGUGUUCCCGUCAGAGCUCCACCCACUGAGGCUCCGGAGGUGGAGCUUGAUGAGUACUCCGGUCACCAGACCCCAACACAGGCCAAUGAAGAAAUGCUGAUAAGAGGGCCACACCAGACCGAGGAGCCAGGGGAGAGAUCAGGAGAUGGUCAUGUCAGGCAUGGGUUAAAAGGAGAGCGUGGAGAUCCUGGACCCAGAGGCCCACCUGGUCCCCCAGGCCCCACCCCUCUACCCGGGCAAGCUCAGCCUGGACCUAGAGGGACACAAGGACCACCAGGAAACCCUGGAUCCCCAGGACUGCCAGGGAAAGAUGGACAGCAGGGAAGCAAAGGUGAUAAAGGAGAUCCAGGUCAGAAAGGAUCUCAGGGAUUUCCAGGUUUGAAUGGAGAAGCUGGAGCUAAAGGAGAGAAGGGAGACCCAGGAGUUGGUUUACCAGGCCCUCCCGGCCUCCCUGGGCCUCCUGGACCCCCCAUAUCACGCAGUGUACCCUAUGGAGCAGACGCCCUGGGUUCUGGGUUUGAAGACCUGGACAGCGACACUGAACUCAUUAGGGGUCCUCCUGGUCUACCAGGGCCUCCAGGACCUCCUGGUCCCCCAGGAACCAACAUGUCAUCAUCUGACACAGCUGAAGGCCUCUCUCCAGGGCAUGCUGGACCACCCGGUGCCCCUGGCAGAGACGGGCUCCCAGGCAAACCUGGAUUACCAGGUCCAGCUGGAAAAGAUGGGGCUCCAGGUCUACAAGGAGCUGUGGGAAUGAAGGGUGACCAAGGGUUACCUGGGCCAUCUGGACCAAAGGGUGAAUGUGGGUCUGUUGGUAUGGCAGGGCGCUCAGGGCCACCAGGGCCUACUGGUCCACAGGGGAAGAGAGGCCCAUCAGGUCCCCCAGGACCCCCUGGCCCCCCCGGACCUCCAGGAACCAAAUUCUUUGUAGAGGACAUGGAGGGAUCUGGGAAGAGUGACAUGCUCAUUGGAGCUGGAGUCAGAGGCCCACAGGGUCCCCCUGGCCUACCUGGCCCACAAGGACCUAAGGGUGAGGAUGGAGCUCCAGGCGCUCCAGGGCUCUUUGUCAAGGGUGAGCCAGGGGACCCAGGACCACAGGGUCUUCAGGGUCUUGCUGGACUACCAGGUGCUAGGGGGGCCAAAGGAGAAAAAGGCAAUCCAGGACCCAAGGGUGAUCGAGGCAUUGAUGGACUCAGUAUCCCAGGUCCACCUGGGCCUCCUGGUCCUCCUGGAUCUAUCAUAAAUCUGCAGGAUCUGCUCCUCAAUGUUUCAGAUGGUAUCUUCAACUUCACAGAGAUCAGAGGACCAGCAGGGCCCAUGGGCCCCGAAGGCUUGCCUGGCAGAGCUGGAUUUCCUGGCCCCAGGGGACCAAAGGGAGACAUAGGCCCUCCAGGUAUCCAGGGGCCAGCAGGGUUCAAGGGAGAGAAGGGAGAGCCGGGGGUGACCAUUGCUGCUGACGGAUCCCUCUUAUCAGCAGCAAGAGGCCCCCAGGGGCCCAAAGGCAUCAAGGGUGACCGUGGGUUCCCUGGACCUGCCGGACUUAUGGGCCCAAUAGGACCAACUGGACAAAAAGGAGAAUAUGGCUUCCCUGGUCGCUCAGGACGACCUGGUAUGCCUGGGAGGAAAGGUGACAGAGGAGACACUAUCGGCCUACCGGGACCUCCAGGUCCUCCAGGCCCACCUGGACAGCCAGGAAGAAUUCUUGGGCUGAACGGAACAGUGUUUCCGGUGCGCCCCAGACCGCACUGCAAAAAGGGACGAGAGUCAGGGGGAGAUUCAGUCGGAGCUAAAGGAGACAAAGGAGAUGUGGGAAUACCUGGAGAGCCAGGCACACCUGCACCUGGGUUUCCAGAUGGAAUUGUGGGUGCUAGAGGUGAUCAGGGAUACCAAGGUCAGAAGGGAGAGAAGGGUGACUCUGGUCUGCCUGGUCCUCCAGGACUGCCUGGAAGGUCAGGACUUGUGGGUCCAAAAGGUGAGUCCAUCGUGGGUCCUCCAGGACCUGUUGGUUCUGCGGGCCAGCCUGGAGCCCCAGGGUUUGGACGACCUGGUCCCCGUGGGCCUCCUGGCCCUGCUGGACCCCCAGGACCUGCACCUGCAUAUGGAUCAGCUGUCAGUAUCCCCGGCCCUCCUGGUCCUCCCGGCCCACCAGGAUCUCCAGGAUAUGCCAACCCGGUGACCACCUAUAAGACGAUCCAUGCUCUGAGCAGAGAGACUCAGCGGGCUGCAGAGGGAACCUUGGCCUACGUGUCAGAGAGGGGAGGGGAGCUGUACUUCAGAGCACGCAACGGCUGGCGCAUGAUCCAGCUCGGAGAGUUGAUCCAUAAUGGACCUUCCUCCUCAGCAGAGUCUCAGGGCCUCAGCAGACCUGGAGAAUGGAGCAGCCCACAUAGGAGCCACAGCCAGGAGCUUCAAGAGGGCAGUAGAGGAUAUCAGCCUAGCUAUAAUAUUCUACCACAGACCUUCAACGCUGUACCUGGGCUCCAUCUGGUAGCAUUGAACGCCCCGCUGAAAGGGGAUAUGCGUGGCAUCCGGGGGGCAGACUUCCAGUGCUACCAGCAGGCGCGCUCCAUAGGGCUGACAGCCACCUACAGGGCCUUCCUGUCCUCACACCUUCAGGACCUGGCAACCAUCGUGAGGAAGGCGGACCGCACUGACAUGCCCGUGGUUAAUCUCAAGGGUGAAGUGUUGUUCAGUAGUUGGAUGUCCAUCUUCUCUGGGAAUGGAGGCACAUUUAAUCCGUCCACACCCAUCUACUCCUUUGACGGAGGCAACGUGAUGACUGACUCAACAUGGCCAGAGAAGUUGGUAUGGCAUGGCUCCAGUGCUUUGGGCAUCCGUCUGACCACUAACUACUGCGAGGCAUGGAGGACGGCUGACAUUGCGGUGACGGGCCAGGCUGCGCUGCUGCAGACAGGACGACUGCUAGGACAACACACCCGCUCCUGCUCCAACCACUACAUUGUGCUGUGUAUAGAGAACACAUAUGUGGGGAACACACAUCAAAGGAGGACCUAAAGACAGAGGAAGCACACACUCACACAAACACACAUGCAGGAAUGCUGAAAGUGCAGAGUAGAAAAUGUGACAGUGCACAUACAUUUUAAUUUGAAUGGGAGACACAUACAGGCACAUACACACAUUAUGAUGACAUAUCACUGCAUAGAAAUUACAUUCAAGUACAUAGACAAAAGGCACUUGUGUUGAUACAUGCAAACAUAAAUACACACACGUUAACAUGCGGAAGCAGGCGCCUACACUCAAGCACAGAAAAAUGAAGGCAACAAGCACACGCAUGUGAGUUCCUCUCAUUUUGUUUAGUUUCAUCUUUAGUGCCAAUAUGUAAUCCGACACUUGACGCAUCCAUCCCUGUCUAGAUUGAAAUGAUUUAUAUUCACUAUGAACAUUUACCGGCACAGCAUGUCAUCACACAGGACAUUGCGAUUUACUGUAUGUGUUGUUGAAGUGGAAGAUAUCAGUAGAACUGAAACACUUAACAGACAACAAAAACACAUUCUGACAAAAGUAAUGUCGACUUGAUAUUCACUGCGAUGGAUUAAACACCUUAAACAAAUCUGCCAAAUGAUUUUCAUAUAGGGAAAGGUAUGAAAACCAAUGGCUGUUUAGAACAGUAAAAAAAAAAGUGCAUUACAUUUGAUUAAAUACAACAGCAUGGUUUGCAAAAAUGGUUCAUUGUGAUGUAAAAUAUACAGUAUGAUUUAUGAUUUGUAGUAAAUGGGCUAAAACUUCCAAUUUCCUUUGCAGGGAAACAACAUAGUCUUUAUCAAUACUAUUGUGAAUUCUUGGGAUUUAUUUUUUAUUUUUAUGGAACAGAAUUUUGGGUAAACAUGGUCCAUUUACAAAUUUCAACCUCAAUUCUGAACAUGACAGUGUUGUAGUUUAGGUCUUGUUUAUCAAAGCUAGCUGUUUUCAAAGACUUGUGAAGAUACAGGCUAUAUUUACACUGCAGAUAAGGCUGGCAACAUUCUAUAUUUCUGUUACUGUCGACAAACCCCAUGAUGAAAACCAACCAAUGUGUUAGUCCGUCUCUUAGCCCCAAGACCACUGGUUGCUAAUGAAGACGUCACUCAAACAGGAGGACAUUUGUUGGGGACUAUUUUCAGCUGUGGAUUAAUCCACAUUUGGUACUUUAGUGAGUAUUUUAGGCAGCAGGACGGUGUGUGUGGGAUUAAAAUAAACCGCAGUGUGUAUGUUCGUGGUAAUGUGUGACUCAUCAAGGUGUUGUUAAUAGUUUUUAGACAAAAAUGGAGCUCUAUGGCACAGAGGAAUAAGAGAUAUAUCAGGCUUUGAUACACACACAACACUUGUUAGUAGGAUCGAUUCAUUGUUGUUUUUGGUCUUUAAAUGAGAUUUGUUGACAAUAAGAAAAAUAUGGAAUAUCACCAGCCUUAGCUUUUAGGUAUGAGCACAUUGUGAAUAUUAGGAAAACAUAUGGUAUACUGUACACAUGUAAUGAGAUGUUUCUUUUGUCAGACUUUUUAUUUGAGUGAGUGUUACCCUCUAAUGUCAGACAUCAUCCAUUUCUCACUGUCAUAUUUUAGAUGUAAAUACACUGUAUGUAAAUGACUUCCUCCUAGCAAAGUCAGCCAGUCACAGCAUCACUUCUGUUUCCUCCAUUUUAUUUUUCAGGCCACUGAAAAGCCAAAAAAAAAACAAAAAAAAAAAAAACUGGCUGGAUUUUACCAAAAACAUUUUACCACUAAGAUCUUCUCUCUAAUUGUUGAAUCUACAGAUAAGAAACAAAUAUUAAAGAGAUUAGUUGUGCAAGAUUUAAAUAAAAAUGAAUGAACCAAGGUAUAAUGUAGGAGAGAAUACACAGAUAAUAUUGAAAGCUUAAUUUGUAAUCGCAGUAUUGCGCCCCCUGCUGAAAAAUGAUUAACUCACCAGCUAAUUGGCAUCCCAUAAUCCAGUAUUAAAGAUUGAUUGUCUUUAUAAAUUCAAGUCCAAAUCAGAAUUUUUUCUGGUUUUCUGCUGAACUUUAGACCUGCUGCUUGCAAUAAAGUGAUUUGAACUAGUCUCCACGUUAACACCAGUGCUUUAGCAUUAGUAUUAGAGUUUAAACUCGAUGUAUGAGUUUAUUAAUUUAUACAGUAGCAGGACAAAGUGUGAAAAUCUAGUGAGUUGGAACAUGUAUAUACAGUAUAUAUGUGUCGUUAUUGUCCAAAUGUUUUUUACUCUGUAGAGGUAGAUUUUGUGUGACUCACCCUAAAUGAUUUUCUCUCACCAAGAGUUGAUUGAUAUGUAGUUCCAGUGUUCUGGCUGAAAGGCGCACACCGUUUGAAAUGUUUUGAUUUUUAAAGUUUUCCUGAUGUGUGAUUCUGAUGUUACUGUUCAAACAAAACUUGAGCUUCUGAGAAAAAAUUACUGACUGUUGUACUGACUGACUGGUGCUCACUGAAUAAAUGUCUUAUUUUGUGUUUUUUUUUAA